AUGACAGAAUAUAAGCUUGUCGUUGUUGGAGCUGGUGGCGUAGGCAAGAGCGCCUUGACAAUUCAGCUAAUUCAGAAUCAUUUUGUGGAUGAAUAUGAUCCUACAAUAGAGGAUUCAUACAGGAAACAAGUAGUAAUUGAUGGAGAAACCUGUCUCUUGGAUAUUCUUGACACAGCAGGUCAAGAAGAGUACAGUGCAAUGAGGGACCAAUACAUGAGAACAGGGGAGGGUUUUCUAUGUGUAUUUGCCAUAAAUAAUACAAAAUCAUUUGAAGAUAUCCAUCAUUAUAGGGAGCAGAUAAAAAGAGUUAAAGAUUCUGAAGAUGUCCCUAUGGUGCUAGUAGGAAACAAAUGUGAUUUACCUUCCAGAACGGUAGAUACAAAACAAGCUCAGGACUUAGCAAGAAGUUAUGGAAUUCCUUUCAUUGAAACAUCGGCAAAGACAAGACAGAGAGUGGAGGAUGCUUUUUAUACAUUGGUGCGAGAGAUUCGACAAUACAGAGUGAAAAAAAUCAGCAAAGAAGAAAAGACUCCAGGGUGUGUGAAAAUAAAAAAAUGCCUUGUAAUGGGUGUUGAUGAUGCCUUCUAUACAUUAGUUCGAGAAAUUCGAAAACACAAAGAGAAGAUGAGCAAAGAUGGUAAAAAGAAGAAAAAGAAGACAAAGACAAAGUGUAUAAUUAUGUAAAUACAAUUUAUCAUUUAGUCUUCAGACAUACUUAAGUGAUUUUUUUUGUACAUUACACUAAAUUAUUAGCAUUUGUUUUAGCAUUACUUAAUUUUCUUUCUGCUUCAUGAAUCUGUUUAGUUUUAUCUGAAUGCUUGUUUAAAAAUGAGUGGGAACAUUAUUCCUCUUAAGUGCCAGUAUGCCUGUGAAAAAACAAACAAACAUAAGAAUUGUCUUUGGUGCAUGCACAGUUGCUAACUUCCUAUUUUUCUUAUCAGUUGUGAACUUCUGUUCUGUGUGCAAACAAUUAAUGAAGUAAUGGUCCACAGUUGUUUGGUUUGUUUGUUUGUUUUUUAAAACAUGGCUUUUACUGUGUUUUGUCUUUCCCUCUAAUCUGGUUGGGUAGAAAGACUAGUUAGCCAAACAGACUUUUAUUUCCAACAUUUGUUUUCUUUUAUUCUAGACUGACUGCAAUAUUGAGAGACCAGAAGCCUUUUAUAGUCUUCCUAUAGAUUCUGCUUUUAGGCAUCUAGUCUUGUAGCAUUUCAGAUCAACUUUAAUGAAUGUAAACAAAUAACUUUCACAAAGUUUUUCACUGCAAUUUGUCAUGGUCAUUCUUUAAAUGCUAUAUUUUUUCUAGAAAAAAAAAAUUAAAAAAAGACAACAAUGCACAUCUGGCAAUGGAAAAAGUAAAAGUUCUGAUUAGAUUGAGUUGCUUUGGUAAUGCAUUCCUUUAAGACUUCCACUAAAUUUUUGGUUUUUGGAAGACCUAGGGUGAAGUCCUGCCUCCUCUGAAGCUGGUGGAAAACCUCAAAGUAGCUUCAAUUGGUCCAAGAUCUUGCCUUUAGUGUCUCUAACAAGUAUGAGAGCGCCUUAACAGAUUAGUUAAUUCAGUCUCUUAUUUAAUUCAUAUAUGGAUUCCAAGUUUAUCCAAUAAUGAGGUCAAGACCUCUUGGCCGUAUGGGUGUCAAUUCUGCCCCUCCUUCCCUUGUGACAUUAAAUAUUUCCAAAUGCCUAUUUUGUAUAUAAUAGGAGGCAUUUUAAAUUCUAGUAACCUCUUUAGUUUCAGUAAUUGAAUAAGCUUGUAUUCGGCUGCUUCAUGCAAAUUAUUUGAAAAUCCAUUGUGCCAUAAAAAUGAUGAUAUGGAAUUUGCACAGAAUUCAGUAGACAUAGCUGAGAUCAUGGUUUCCAGAAUCAGUGUCAUUUUGUGUGAUUCUUGUGAAGUGUUAAUCCCCCUACCCCUCCAAUAAAGUUGGUUAGUGACAUAAAAAUGUCAGGGUUGUUUCACAGCCAGGUUUGUCAAUGUUGUCUUAUGAUUUCUGGGUUGGAAUUGAUUCAUUAUUUUGAAGUUUUAAAUGGGAGUACUGCAGUAGUUUGAGUUAUCAGCACUGAAGUAAGUCAGUAAUUCUAGUGUUGUCUAUUCUUGUAAUUUUGUGAGUCUUGUAGUAUAUGACUUUUUUUUUAAACUCCAGCUCCUGGAUCUGUAAGUUUACAUGAGAAUCUCAGCUUCCUUUUUUUUGUUGUUUGUUUUUUAAGUGAGCAUUUAGCCAUUGUUGCAAAGUAAGGAUUGAAAACAUAAUCCCCCCCCAGUGUAUUUUAAAGGAUAAAUAAGAUUAGAUAAAUAUGAAACCAUUAUUCUUUAAAGCCUUGUGAUGUUUUGGGAAGCCUGAUUUUUGAAUUCUGAAAGCUCAGAAUAGGGAAAAGCAGUAUCGUGUAUCCUAAGUUUUAUAUCAAAACUUUUAAUUGGAGUUUAUAUACUGAGUUGAUAGAGUAGGAUUUUAAUGCACCAGUGUAACUUGAAGCCACGUAUAUGUGUAUGCAGGAUUACCUUUUUAUUCCUACCCACAGAGCAGAGGUGGUCACAUUUGAAGGAAUUAAAAAGUAUACUAAAUGGAUAGCUCUUGAAGUUGGCUGAGGAAGUAAUGAGUCUACUACCUUAAUAGCCUUUAAGAUUUGGGCCUUGGAAAGAAUGUAAAAUUCUUUGGACGUAGGUAAUGCUACCCUUCGUACAGCUUACAAUACUGAAAGAUGAUCAUAGGAGAACCUAAGCUUAUAUUCUAAAUAGAACCAAUAAGAAAUGAGAACAAAUACCUAUAGAUGUUUUAAGCCUCUUCUUUUAUUCAUUAUUUCUAAGGUUAAAACACAUUGAAGUUGAGAGUUGUGUUGGUUGUCUUCCCAUAUUUUUGAUGCUAAUUAUCAGUGUAUUUUGAAUAAUGUAGCAGAAGUGGAUGGUGUUAACAAAUACAUGAAAUGAAAUCUAAAGACUCAUGAUUUGUAACUGAGUCACACUGCAUGCAAACUUGGGGCUUGUCUAAACAGUUCAUGCACUGGCUUAACUAAAUCCCUAGAAAACUAUUGUAGACUUCUGUGGAUGUAGUUUUCUCAAUAUAAAGGUAUACAGUAGGGCUUUGUGAAGCUUCAGUGGCUGAUUCGAUUUGGCCUGAUUCGGUGGCUGAAUCUCCAAAUCCAAAUUGAAUCAGGAGACCCUUUAAUCUCUCCGAAUCGAAUUGGAACCCUCCGAAUCAAUUCAGAGAGCUUCAGAAAGAUUCAACAAAUCGAACAUAGGUACAGCUUUAAAUGUUUUUUCUACAUACCUCAAGGUACCGGGCAGCUCAUGAAUGCUGAGAUGCUGGGGCAGAUGGAAAGUCCCACGGGAGCACGGGUAGGGGUGGGUCCCCAGCAGUACUUCCGGUCCACUUCCAGGUCUGCCGGGGAGCAUGCUGGCUCCUUCCCCCCCGCCGCCCCUUUCUGGCUCAGUGACUGGUACCUCCUGGGUCUGGCAGGGCACCCGGGGUCCCCCCACGCUUCUGUGGGAUACUCCACCCACCCCACCAUCUAAGCGUUCGCAAGCUGUGCUUGGUACCUCGAGGUACGUAGAAAAACAUUUAAAGCUGUGUCUAUGGCUGAUUCGCUGAAUCAGCAUCGAAUCUUCAGAAUCGACUAAUCGAAUCAUUGUCCCCAAUUCGGGCUGAAUCCAAAUUGAAUAUGACCCGUUUCGCACACCCCUAGUAUACAGCUUAUUUUAUCUAGUUUAUUCUGUAAACUAUCAAUUUUGUUAAAUUUGAUACAGAAAUGGUUUAGAACAAGUCCUUUUGUGAUUUUUCACAAAACACUUGUCCUUGCCACUGUUGUGCAGUUUUGUCCUAAUUGUAGAGAUUUGGUGAACCAUGUUGGAUUGCAGCUUGCACGAAUUAAUCUCUUAUUCUGAUGUCUUUCCCUAUUUGAAAUGCUUUCAGAAACAUCCAGAUACUUUUUCUGAUGGUAAUUACAAAAUGAACACGCAAUGACACUUACUACAUUAAUACACUAGAUUUCCAUGUGUCAAGGAAUAAUGCCUUAUAGUAGCUUUGUGUAACUUGAUAGACAAUCCGUAUAAAAAGGUUGUCAUUUAUCUCAGAAGUGAAAAUUGUUUUUGUUUGUUUUUAACCAGCACAAUAGUCUUUGAGUGACUUAAUGAGAAAUUUAACAGUCCAGCAUGGAGUACAGCAAUAUUGGUUUUUUCCUAUAUGUAAAUACUGUUAUGUAAACUUCAAGUCUUUUGUUUGUCCUAUGAAGCAAUGCAGCUGUUACUUUCAAAGGACACCAAGCUGUAAGCAAGUCAGGGGGGUUUUUUAUUUGUUUGUUUAGGGGUUUUUUUUUGUUAAUUCUACAUAAGCAUUGAAUCUUUCCUAACUAACAUUUCUUAAUUCCACUGUCUUGUGUUUUCAUGUUGAAAAUACUUCUGCUUUUUCUUCUCCAGUGCCAACUUCUUACUAGAACAAUUUCUUAAUGUAAUAUGUUUACCUGGAAUGUAUUUUAACUAUUUUUGUAUAGUGUAAACUGAAACAUGCACAUAUUUGUACAUUGUGCUUUUUGAUGUGGAACAUAUGCAGUGUGAUCCAGUUUUUACAUCAUUUGGCUGUGUGACCAAGGAAUGUUGGUCAUACCAGAUAUUACAUUUUUUUAAAAAUGACCACUGUUUAAACUUUUUAAUGUUGUUUUAUAGGAGUAUGUGCUGUGGGGUGAUCUGGAAUUUGUCAUUUUUGUCAAACUGUACUGCUCCUAUUUAUUGUAAUGUAAUAAAAGAUAGUUAUUGUGA